CGCCGAUCCGUGCCAGCAUCGUAUCACAUGGCCAGUUGUACUGAGUUAUUUUAAGGUUUCUGUGGUUCUCGCUCGCAUAUCGCAUCCCUUGUUCCUCUUUGUCUUCACAACCCUCUCUUUCACACAAAAUUGCACGUAUGGGUUCAGGUCAAUCGCAUACAGCAGAAGACUAUUGCAUGAUAGACUGUGCAAAGAAGGGUGCACAGGCUGUUGGUCUUUUCGGAGCUACAGUGCUCUUGUCUCCGUUUGUGAUUGUGGCUCUGCCAGUCAUUGGAGCCUAUGAGUUUGGGACAGCAUUAGAAGAGGAACUAUUGACGGGCUCCACGUUGAUCGAUGGAGUUAUUGGCACUUUAUUCGGACUCAUGGCCUCUCCGUUGGCGCCGUUUUAUGUAUUCUGGGAUUCAAUGGAAACUCUGUUUUAUAACCCGCCACCACCGAAAAUCGUUGUGAAUGAAGCAUACCAGAAGCAAGCCAAAGACAGACUAGGUAUCGACGCUUCCUAUUACAACGUGGCGGUAAUUGGAUGUGCAGGCACUGGGAAGUCUUCGUUAGUAAAUGGGUUGCUCGGAUACAAAGAUCGUCAUGUGAGAGCAGCGGCCGUCGGUGAAACGGAGACGACUACCGAGCCAAAGGGUUACCAUCACCCGCUUUUGCCGACGUUGAUGAUUUGGGAUUUUCCCGGUGCGGGCACUCAGAAUCAGCCAGCGAAUCAAUACUUCGAAGCCUGCAGUCUUGGAAUCUUUGAUGCAUUAAUUAUCGUAUCAACUGAUCGUCUGAUGGCUGUAGAUGUAAAAUUAGCUCGCCGGGCUCUUAAAUACCGCAUUCCGGUAUUUUUCAUCAGAAACAAAGCCGAUCUGGCAAUUCAAUCAAAAAUACGUAAACUUUCCAUCGAUUCAACGGAUGAAACCAAACUAUGGUGGAAAAGUGUCAUCGAGCUCACGAGAGAAGUAGAACAUACAUUCUACCGAAGCUUGAAGUAUUUCGGAUUCGAUGGCAGUCAGUUAUACAUCGUCUCAGCAUGGACAUUACAGGAGUUUGUCGUCUCUUUGCGGGACCAUAAACCAGUUAGCCACUUGCGCAUGAUCCACGAGAAGAUACUGUUAACGAGGUUGUUGGAUCAGUUAUCUGUGAAAAGAAAAAACGAAUACCUUAUCGACGGUAGAGAUACCCAAGAUGGAAAGGCUUCUAUAGAAACCAAUCAAAACACCCUUCUUCGUCCUUGAAUCUACCAUACGUUAAACAGCGUAACCAACAAUGUCUCCCUGCCUUUCACCCAUAAAAGUCAGAAAGUACAUUUCAAUGUGGAGGCACGCCUAAUUUGUAACUGCCUAAAUCGUUUAGGUUGGUAAUAAAUGAGGCUGAUCCCGGCAUUGCUUUGACAAAUAUUCACAUCACGCCGGUCGUUUCCAUUAGGCAGGGUUCAUUCAGCCUUCUAAUAAAUGAAAAUCUUUUUUAUUUUUACUUUGGUCGUACCUAUUAAAUCUGAU